AUGAAUAAUCAAGAUCAGGUCUUGAACGCGCAGACUUAUGUCUUGAAAGUGGGCAUUCACUGUGAAGGUUGCGAGCGGAAGGUGAAAAAAAUUCUUCGACAAAUUGACGGGGUUUAUAAGCUGGAUGUGGGGAUGGGGAAGGUGACAGUCUUAGGAAAUGUGGAUCCACAAAUUCUGAUCCAGAAGCUUGUCAAGAAGGGAAAGCGUGCGGAACUCUUGAUUGACCCUAAGUCUGAUAACAAAGAUCUCCAAAAUGGCAAUGAUAAUGGAGGUGGGAACAAGAAAGGAAAGAAUGUUCAAAUUGACAAUAACAAUGGAGGAGGGAAAAUGAAAGCUAAGAAUGGUAAUAAUAAUGGAAAUGGAAGAAACAAGCCAAAUAGAAGAGGAGAAGGUAAAAAUGAAACUGAUAAGGAAGCUGAUACAAUUAAUAAGAGAAAUGGAAAUGAACCCAUGAAUAAGCACAAGGACAAGAAAGAUAAUGGCAACAAUGGAGGGGGAAAUUUGGGUGUGGAUGGUAAUGGGAUGGCUAAUGGUGAGAUGCAAUAUCAAGGUAAUAGUAUUCAUGGAUAUAAUUAUGGGUACUCACAAAAUAUGGACCAAAUGACAUAUAUGGUGCCGGCUCAAGUCCUUAAUCGGACCUUAGCUGGAGGUGGAUACUACCAUAUGGGUGGGUACAUGUGCCCUUGCUACUAUCAGGCCCAGCAGCACAUGAUGGGCAAUGAGAGCUUCCAGCCAUUGAUGCACAUGCCAUAUGGAUAUCCAUACCCAUACUCAUAUUCAUAUCCAUAUCCAUCUUCAUCUAAUAAGCAUGAAGUCAAUGUUCCAAGUUGCAAUGUGAUGUGA